GACCCGGUGGUGGAGGAGGGUGCUGGGGCGGGACAGGCGGGGGCAGGGGGAGGCAACGCUCAUCCUGGAGGUCCUCAGAGCCAAGAAUCUCAGGCCAUACCGCCCUGGCACUCUGGCUCGGAAGGCGGGGUCCUCCAGAAUGAAAGAUCACGUGGAGGUGGUGUGUCGUUCUGGCCUGUGGGUGAAGGGACAUCGCGUGGAGAGAAUCACCUCGCCCUCUGUCAAGCUUCCAGUCACACAGGAUCCGGUCAUCCGCACUCGCUCCGUCUUCACGCUGCCUCGGAACAACCUGCAACACGCCGCCGUCAUUCUCAAGGUGAUAUACACGAACAAAUGGGCUGGAGAGGACGUGGUUGGCCGCGUGCAGCUUGGGCCACUCUUGUACCUCGGCAGCUUCUCAGAGCACCAGCCUGCCAUUCCCAGGCCCUCCUAUAACACUGCUAUAACCCUCUCCCACUGGGGCCUGGCGCUCAAGACUCCAGGCCCCACCACCUUCUGGCACCACCUGCAGAUGUAGGGCAUGGCGGGUGGUGUCCUUCGUGUCUCCUUUGGCACAAGUAAGAAAAGACAGCGAGGUCAAGGGGCGUAGUGUAUCUGGUUAGUGUAAAUUAAUAUUCCAGUUAAUAUUUUUAAAGUUGUACAUAUAUGCAUGUGUAUCCAUAUUUGUGAUGUAUAAAGUAGUAAUAAAUCGUAUGUUG